GUUAAAAGUAACCAGAAUGCUUCGGAGUGUCAGCGCUUCAGUUCCGGAGUAAAGAGGCGAUGAGCAGGUCAUUAAACAGCAUCUUGUGAUCUUGGUUGUUCCAUUUUGAUGCGAUCGAUGAGGAACGGGAGGCGGGCAAGAGGGGAAAGUACAUAGACACACUCACUCACGCACACACACGGCACCGCGCUGAGAAGCUGCUGUGGCCGCCUCUCCGGUUCGGUUAGUUUCAUGUUUCGUGUGUUAGUUGUGGCGUUGGCUGAAACUGACUCGAUUAGCGCUGUUACACAAUCGGGGUUGCUCUCUGGGCAAGGAUCGCCGGGGUAGCGCUGCGCUGCGCUGGACUUGCCCGUCCCCACGUCUCCCUAACAGCCCCCUUCCCCCCUUUUAAAUUCUUAAUUGCGACUCUCCCCACCCCCCUCUCCUUUUCCUUUUUUUUAAAAAAAACCCCCACACAAAAUUCCCCUCCCCUUCCCCCGGCUCUGCGAAUCCAGCCAUGUUACAGAAUGACACGAAGAGACAAUCAGCCUGCAGCCCAUAUCUGCAGACGGAUCUGGAGUCUUUUAAGAGUGCAGAGGUCAGCUGUGGGAGUGAGAGUGCCCAGCUGGACGGCCACCCUGCACCUGGCAACUUGGUGCUACAGGAUCAUGGAGGGACGAGCUCACCUCACAGCAACCUAGGCUGGCCCACCAGCCAGGGGGGCGAGGAAAGCCUCCUCCAGCAGAGGGUACUGCCCACCGCGAUGCUGCUGCCCAAGAUGGUCCACCUGGGCCCCCUCUUCGGCGGGACGUUUCCCUCGGCGCACCAGAUGGGGCUUUUGCAGCAGCACAGGCAGUCGUCCCUCAGCCAGCAUCCUCCCCCGGCCUCCUUCCCCCAAAGGAAUGGCUUCAGCGGACAGCAGCAAAACUUCAGGGCGUUCAGCUGGGGUGGACACCAGCAGCAGACCCGAGGAGGAGGAGGAGGAGGAGGAGGAGGAGGCUGGGACUCCCUCAGUGCUCCCUGCAGCAGGAGCCUGAGGAGAUCGGUCGGAGUAAUGGGAGUCUCGAACUCGAUUGCAUCCUGCUCUUCCAAGAGGUCCUAUUCCAGUCACCUCAUGGUGCCUCCAAAGUUGAACAGGAGCCAAGCUGGACUGACCACCAAAUCCUGGAUGGAUGACAACCCAGUGUGCACAGAUAGCAACAGCAAUUGGCUGCCUCAACAGCAGGAAUGGACGCAUCCCUAUGACACGUUCAACAUGCACUCAUUGGAGAACUCCUUGAUUGACAUCUUGCAGAAUGAGCAGGAACCACUUAAAAGUCGAUCUGCUCUGUUUCCUGUGGAAGAUGGCUUCCUUGACAACAGCCAGGGCGACCAGUCUCUCUCUUCUGGCUUGAACUCCCCAGCUCUAAGUCAGAAUGGGAAACAAGGAGAACGGUAUUCCCGAAAGGUUUUCGUUGGCGGUUUGCCCCCUGACAUCGAUGAAGAUGAGAUCAUCGCCACUUUCUGCUGCUUUGGCCAGCUGAUGGUUGAUUGGCCUCACAAGUCCGGCAGUAAAUCCUACUUUCCACCUAAAGGUUAUGCUUUUCUGCUGUUUCAGGAGGAGUGCUCAGUUCAGGUUCUCAUUGACGCCUGUUAUCAAGAUGACGGUAAACUCUACCUGUACGUUUCCAGCCGCACCGUUAAGGACAAACCGGUACAGAUCAGGCCCUGGAGUCUGAGUGACAGCGACUUUGUCCUGGACGGAUCACAGCCUCUGGAUCCCAGGAAGACCGUCUUUGUUGGGGGGGUACCGAGACCUCUGAAAGCUGUGGAGCUGGCGAUGAUCAUGGACCAGCUUUAUGGGGGCGUUUGCUACGCCGGCAUCGACACCGACCCCGAUUUGAAGUACCCCAAAGGAGCGGGCCGAGUGGCGUUCGCCAGCCAGCAGAGCUACAUCGCGGCGAUCAGCGCCCGCUUCAUCCAGCUGCAGCACCGUGACAUCGACAAGCGGGUGGAGGUGAAGCCGUAUGUCCUGGUGGACCAGCUGUGUGAUGAGUGUCAAGGCGCCCACUGCAACGGCAAGUUCGCCCCCUUUUUCUGCGCCAACAUCACCUGCCUGCAGUACUACUGUGACUACUGCUGGACCAGCAUCCACUCCCAGGCAGGACGCGAGUACCACAAGCCUCUGGUGAAAGAAGGAGGGGAAAGGCUGAGACAGCUCCCCUUCCGCUGGAGCUAAGACACCUGGCCCAAAACCCACCACCCUGUGGGGCUUGGACGUCCGUACCUAGUGGCUGUUUGUUAAUUGGCCCAUUCCUUUAUUUAGAAGUGUUUGUGCACCGAAUUUUCUUACCCAGUAUAUCUUUUGAUUAAUUAUUUUUAAAGCAGAGAGGUUUGGUUUUGGGUGAAGAGCUAACCCGAGGGAAGGACUGGAGCUUGUUUCUUGUUUUUUGAAGGGGUGGGGGUGGGUUCCCCGCUUAAGGUUUCCUCUUUGUAGCACCAGGAUGGUGGAAUGUUGAGUUCUGAGCACCAUGGCUGGGGGAAAGGGUCCCGUAGGGCAAGACUGAGGUUGAUUGAGGGAGGGAGGGAGGAAUGGGCUGGCGAUUUUGUUUCAACAAUUUGCAGUGAGCGGGGUUGCACACAGGCUAGAGUUUGGGGAGAACAAGCAGAGCCCUGGUUAGGGGGCUCGUCUGGCUGAAAACACUCGCACGUUCUGUGGUCAAUAGUCAACUACUUUCACAUGGGUUAUGCUUCACUACUGUCCCUGUGACUGUGUGCUACUGAUCUCCCUCCCCCCCCACGGCCCCACUCACCGAUCUUCUACCCCUCCCACCGCGGCUCCGCCCACUGAUCUCUCCCCACCACCCCCACUCCACGGUCACGCCCACCAAUCCCUCCCCCCUCACUGCGUCCCCGCCCACUGAACCCACAGUCCUGCUCUCAAAUCUGAUCCGCCCAUGCCCAAACCAUUGGGCCCCACGCACCAGUUCCCCACACCCCCAUCCAUCCCACUCACAUGGCCCAGCCGACCACUCUUCCCCCCCCCCCAUGACCCCAUCCACCAUUCCCUGUACAUGGCUGUGCCUAGUAACCCACCCCCAAUUUUCACAUGGCCCUGCCUAGCAGCCCCCUUUAUUAUGGGUGCUCCCCUCCUUUCAUUUCCUUAUUGACACGUCCAACUAACCCCAUGGCCAUAUCUGUCUACCCAUUCGUGAUCGUGGUCCCGUCCCAGUCCACAGAAUGGGUUCUAUCUGCGUCACCCUCACCCCGCCACCAUUCUGAUUCCAUCUCCACACCGUCCGUCCUUGUACCCACCGCACACUCCCCUCUGUCACCGACUGCGCAUGAUUACACCGUACCCCCUAGUUAAUUUUCACUUGCACACCCCUCUCCUGUCACUCUCACCCCCCCCCCCCAAUUGGGGAUCACUCCCCAAAUCCAACCUCCCCCCUUUUUCCCACUAAACAUCACGCCCUCAGGUCUACAGGUGUUGAGAAGGGUCUGGCUGCCCUUGCACCUGUUGUGGACUGUUUCCCGUCAACAUUAUCGACCAUUGAGACCCCGACCUGCUGAAAUUGGUGGGAUAGUGACACCGAGGAGCCCAAGACCCAGUGGAAGGGAGAGUUGGCAGAGAUUUGGACCGAGUUACAGCCUCCAGUAAGUCCUUUCUCUGGAAGAGUCCUCAUUCUCUUCUCCUCCCCCCCCCCAUAUGUGAGAGCCAUUUGAUUGGGUGAUCAGUGAGAUUGACUUGCCGCUUGGAUUAUCUACAAUGGCAGUGAAGAUACUGGCCAGCUCCCGACGAGGGGUGGGGAGGUAUGUGCCCAGUUCUUGUCUCCUUUACUCUGCCCGAGCAGCUCUGGCGAGGUCUGAUUCCAGACCCAUGUCCAGGGGCACUGAGGGCACACAGCAAGUCUUCAGACAUGGUUGCAGUGUGGAAUGAGGUCGGGCCUGGUCUCCCUCCACAGCACGAGCCUGUACUGGCAGGGCAACCCCACCACAAUCUGGGAGCAUCUGAGAUGUGUAAAACACUCUCUCGCCCCCUCGAUCUCCCCAACACUUUUUCCACCACUGCUGCCCUGGGCAAUCUGAGAUGCCACCAGCCCAGCCCGUUUGUUGUCUUGUCCUUCAGUGCUUCCCCUUCCCCUCUGAGUCCGGUGCUGUCUCAGCGGGGCUGGUGAGUGAGGUCCGUGCCAUGUGUCACUAGGCAACUCACCUCCUCACAAUGGGUCAAACCUAGGAGGAUGGGCAGAUUGGCUCGUGGAGCAGGGAUUGAAGAGGGUGGUGUGGUUGAGGGGUGGGGAGGGGACACUGAGAGUGGUUGCUCUGUCUACCACUGGGGUGAAGAUGUGAUCAGACUGACUGCUGAAAGUUUAGUGCUGUUCUCUCACUCAUCUGUUUGGCGGUGGAGAUAUCAUCUGACCCUUGCAGCGGGCUGUGGAGGGUCGUGCUUGUGUGUGUGUGUGUGUGCGCGCGCGCAUCUUGGCCCUGUCAGAACAAGGGUGAACUCGUGCGAGGUGAUCUGCACUCGGCCACUGCAGGGGUUCAAGUGAGCUGGCCCCAUCGCAUGUCCAUCCUGGCCAAUCAGCAGAGCCAACUGCCUGAGCUGGCCAAUGGCAGCGCCAGCAGCCUUUCCACCCCAGUGAUUGGCCAUGCUGAAUGUUCACCCUUGCCAAUGGGGAAGCUGGCCUGGACUGAGUGGGAUCAUUUAGCACGUGGAUUAGGUGGGGUUUGGGGAAGUGAGGGAAGGUGAUGUAAGGUGAGAGGAGGUGAGGGAAGGGGAGGUGUGGGGAUUUCACAUGAGGUAGUCUGAGGUCAUGUGCCCAACAGACAGGACAGGGGGAGACACGGAGCCGACAAGCUACCAAGUUCCGGCUGUUGUCUCACCGGGGGGGGGGGGGGGUGGUUUGGGGUGGAGGAGAAGAAUCACACAGGGCUCAGUUUGCACAGAAAGCACUUUAGCACAGCCUCCCCCUCCUCCCUUACAGUGAAGCAAAACCCCCACCCAACACAACCCAGCUUGGCGCAGAGUGAUCGACACUCACAUUGUUUUCUCUUAUUAAUCAGAUAAUCUUUCUAUUGAUAAUUACCAUGUGUGAUUGUGGCCCUUGGAUCAUGCAACACUGUUCUGAGAGAUUUUCAGGGAUAGCACACUUAAUGUGCUCUCUUAAAUCCCAACCCCUCACCCAUCGAUCCACACUAAUCCCCUGCACUUUGCAAUCCCAUAGAACAGGUGGCCAGGACAGUUUGGCACAGGUAAUUCCCUGGAUAUCUCCAGGCGGCGGUUUGGAUCAGUCAGACGGUGCGAGAGAUUAACUACGAAGCAUUAAUUACAAGUUAAAUUCCAUCAGAAUCCCCUCCCUUCCGGGUUUUUGAGGUAACUCGUGGGCUCCCAGGGCGUUGGAGCUAGAGGGCACAAAAGAAAGGGAGGCCCAAGCACAGAAGUUAACUCUAAAUCCGUCUAUCCCGCUGCUUGGGCUUCGUGGCGAAGGAAGGUUUCAGCUCUCCUAGUAUGUCAAGGUGCUCCAGCAGCAAACACUGAGGGUAUCGUGUCACAUGUUAGUUCGGCUGGUCCCGGUAGGUCUGUCCUGCCCCAAGUGCCCCUGUGCUGGCCGGGAGCCGGAGAUGACCUCCAGGCUGAUGGUGCAGUGGGACACCUCUAGCAUAAUGCGGCCAAGAGCAGGUUAACGUAGGCUUAAAACGGUGUGGUUGGGCGGGGGGGGGGGGGGGGGGGUGAGGAGCGUUGUGAAGCCAAGUCUCUCUGGAAGAUGCCUUUCAAGGCAAAGUGGAAAGGUGGGAGCCAACUUGGAGAGGUGGUAGCAUCAUAACCAAAAGUAGGGUGGUGGGCAGUGAGAGAGAGAAAAUGACUUCCUUGUAUAGUGUCUGUUCCUUGGAUUCAGAUUUAACAUACCUAAUAACACAACAUCUUGUAAACAAACUACCAGAGUUUGGAAUAUUUCACACUUGAACUAGGUUGUAGCAGUUUUGUAAAGACAAAAUAUAUAAAUCAGUAAAUGAGAUGCUGCUUUUUUCUACUAAGGAGUCACAUGAUUUUUGUAUUUUUGUAUUGCAACUUUAUCGUCCAGUGAUGUUUUCUAUUACUAAUGGUUGUAUGUAAUGUCGAACAUGAACAUGUGACUCUGUAGAUAUAUAGUAGAUACCUCAGAUUUUUUUUCAAUUUUAAAAUCUUAUUUUUUUUCUCUGAAAUAAAUAUAUUUCGGUUCUGCAAAGACUGACAGAUAAUUUAUCUUUUAGUUUAGUUUGGAAAUAACAUAUAAUUAUAUAAAUAUAUAUUAUAUAAAAGGCAGUAUGCACACUGUAAAAUUAAAAAAUGUAUCAAGUCUUGAGGUAAAAUGUUUAACAAUGAGAAUUUGAUUUGCCAAAUAAAUGCUUGAUUUAUGUGA